AACAGUGUAGUGUGAAUCUGGCACAGAGAGGGAGGGAAGAGAGAGAAACGGGGAGAGAGGGGGGAGUUUGUUGAACAGCAGACCAGCAGAGAAGAGCGCAACAGAGGGACGCGAAAAAGGAACAUUCAUACAAGCUGAUUAUUUUUAGUGUGUUCUGUUUUUUUUAUCAUUUUAUUUUUUAUUUUGAUGGAUUUUUAAAAGCUGGAAUGGAAGAUGUCUCAAGGAAGACAUGAUGAAGAUCUGGAAGUGAAAUAGACACAUACAGGUGUGCAGUGAGGUCAGAGGUCAGUCGGCCUGGUUGCACUGCUGCAGAAGAGGAGUUAGCAUGCUGCUGCUGUUCUGGAUUCUCAUAGAAGUCCCGCCCUCCCUCCUGCAACCUCCUCUCCCUCUCUCCCUGCCCGUCCACAUGUCGGUCGUCCCUUCUCCCUGGCAGUUCCUCCCUCUCUCCCAGGUGGAGCUGGGCCCUCUUUUCUCCAACUCAAGCCCCUUCUCCUCCUCCCAGAGCCUCUUCAUGCUGCCACCGCCGGGACGGGCCCCCAGACCGGGCCUCCAGGCUUCGUUUGGCCCUUACUCCGUCACACAGCUCAUAUCAGAGCCUGUUCUCUCCUCCAGCCUGUCUGCCUCCCUCCUCUCUGAGCAUGUGCAGAGGGAGAUGGGUGAGAGGGGGCAGGAGGUGUUCAGGGUGAGAGCGCUUUUUCACAAACGAGGAGACAGCGGCACUAGAGGUACCUGCGUCACCCUGCAUGCCUUCAAGGAGACAGAGGAGCACAAAGCGUCUUGUAUGACUCAGCAUCCUCUGGGGCUAUGCGUGGUCACUCUGACUCUGCCUGGCGACUGGUUCAAAGACCAGCACACCAAACCGUCACAAGAGGAUUUGGUGAAGUGGCACAGUAACGUCUACCCUCGCCACCGGGUGCACAAGAGAGAACACCGCCGACAUGGGCAUCACCACAGCAACAGUGUCAACCAUCACCAUACAACGUCUCCUUAUCUGAGGGACCAUCCAGAUGAUUAUGGAAACACACAGGCAGAUGCUCCCCUGCACCUCAGACAUAACCGGGGCCCCAUUAGAGACCAGCUUCAGCUUUUCUACUCGUCCGUGGACACAGAGACUGACUUUGAGCUGACAGCAGCAGGGUGUGUGGAGGAGCUAGCAGCUCAGUCUCAGAGGAAACUCGUCCACAUACGAGCGGUGACACUGAAGGAGGAGAAGGAGAGAGAGAAGAGCAGGACCAAAGAAGAAGAAACCUGUGUGAACGGGCAGGAAGAGGAGGAGCUUAGCUUGGACUCCCAUGUUGUGAUUCGCUAUCACAGAGGCCCUGUCCUGAUUGGUCAGCCUAUCAGAGUGUCUGUGAGCCUGAGAGGAAACUUCAGUGCUGAGUUUGUGGUCAUAAGGCUGAAGGUGAAGAAGGGUCUGGUGUCCAUGGUAGCCCAGAGAACGGUGACAUCUGAUCUGUGGACGGUGACUCUAGAGAGGAGUCAGGGCUCCGCACACGACGUGGUGUCCAUCCUCUGUCACAAACAAAGCGCCAUUAAGCACACACAAAGUCCCUCUGUCCUCCAGCAGGUGGUGUGUCUGUCUCUGGAUGGCCUCAGGCACAGCUUCGGUGUUGCUAUGUUGGUUUCUGCUAACUGGUUUGUGGAAUACUCAGGUCGUAAUAACCCUGUGUCACCACACGGGGCAGCAGUGAGCGUCUUCUCAUUCACUGAUCGACACAUCUACGGCAUCGCUCCCAUUACGGAGGCCAACACAAUCAUCAACACCGCCAUACUCACCAACCAGCCAGUGUCACUUCCUGUCAUCGUGCUCGCCAUAAGUCAUGAAGGAAAGGUGUCGGAUGUCACUUCUGCCGUCACCUGCCGCUCCACCAAUGAGAACACCAUCAAGGUGUCCAGCGAUUGUUCCACCCUCUUUGUGGACGGCAGCGAAUCAGGGCUGGGUAACACCUGCGCAGCUGUGGAGUUUAAACUGGGCACGCUCAGUGGCUCCGUGUGUCUAGAGGUAUGGGCUCCUUCAGUGCCCCUGCGAUUGUCCCUCGCAGACCCCAUUCUAAACGCCAUCGAUGGCUGGAACCACUUCACGGAGAGCGGGUGUGUGCCCGUCUAUCAGCGCUCCUCCAUCCAUGUCCUGACCCAGUUCACAGCUCAGGACUUGGAGGCCGGGAACACACAUCUCCUGGGCUCGUCUGAUUGGUUCGUGGAUGUCACCGAGCUGGUCCGUGAUUGGCUGAGAGUAGAAGAUCCCAGUGUGGCUUCCCUCAGCUCCCAGAACAAUCUGAUUGGUUUACGACCCGGGAAGACGUCAAUCUAUGUCGUCUCUGAGCAGUGGGACGGCGUUCUUGGCAGGUGUGAUGUCACUGUGAUCUCUGACCCCGUUACCCCUGGUGACCUUUCCGUGCAGGUGGUCAGCGGCCUUGGCAUGUCAGUCACGUCCAGCCCUGCGCACCCCUCUGUCGUCACGACGACAGUGACAGCAUACAACAUCCUGUACAACCAUCACCAGGAGGCGUCGAUCAGCGUCUGGCUGCAGUUCAGCGAUGACUCUGCCUCCCUGCUCUCCUCCUUCAGUGACCUCCCCCUCUCCCUGCUCCUCUCCUCAUUGGCUGAGUCCGUGGUCAUCGUGACGCCCGGCCCCAGCCAGCACAUCUAUGCCCAGGGGGACGGGGGCGGGCCUUUACUGAGAGCAGAGCUUCUGGUUUCCACCUGCAGUGACCUGUCAAUCACCUCCAACUCCAUCAGUGAAGCUGACUGGACAGACAGCAGAGCGCGCCGGCUGGCCCGAGGGUCAGGGUGGAUCCGGGUCAACCUGGACCUGGACUUCCUGCAGCCAGAGGAGGACAAAGAUGUGAACGGGGAAGAGUUUGAGUUUGACAUUUCAGACACGCUGGUCGAGUCUGACAUUGACGUCUAUGCUGCAAACUCAGAGGAGGAGGAAGGAGGGAACGUCAGCAGCGACUAUGACAGACUGAGUGGGAAAGUGAUUGACAGAAACUGGAACAAAGUCGGGAACGGAGGGAUGCUUAGUCAAAACAAUCUGGAACGAGCCGUGCUGAUGCCCAGCCAGGAGGAGGGCACCGUUUACUUCUCCCCCAGCAAGGAGAGGGGCGGAGGUGGGAGGGGGGAGGAGGCGCAGGGAGCUCAGGAGCUGGAGGUGGGUGUGGGCGCAGUCCUCUCUUUGAUCUGUCUCUCUGCCGUCCUCUUCCUCGCUAACUGUCUGCCCUGCGCCCUGAGAGACGGCAAGAGGACAAAGAUGAAGGGGGAGAGUGGAGGAGAGGAGCAGGAGCAGGAGCAGGAGCAGGAGAGUAGGAAGACAGAGGAGGAGGAAGGGGACACAGAGGAGAGGAAAGAGCAGGAAGGUGAGGUGAAGGUGGAGCAGCAGCAGGUGGGGGACAGCAUUGAGGAGGUCACAGAGGUGGAGAUCAUCUGCUGAUGAGCAAAAAAAAGACCAACUUCCAAACAAACAGGAAGCAGAGACUCACUUACACUCACUGUUUAUACACAACAGUCAGAAAACACCCACACACGGACAAUCACCUUUUCUUCAUCUGUCUGUUCGGUUACAGCGUCUCUGCUGUGCAGGGUGGUCAUCAGGGCUGCACCGGGACAUAAAAAGAGCUCUGGAGUCAUCGGCUCAGACGGACCUCUCACAAUCACACAAACACAAUGCAGCAGCACACUCCUUGAUGCCAUGAAUACACUCCUGUACAAAUCCCCUGAAACACCACUCAGCUGAGACACAAGUACGAACAUGAACUAUGAAGACCUGACUGGUAGAUAAUUCCAAAGGAGAAGGGCCUGAUAACCUCCCAUAGUACAUUUAGAAACUGUAGGUAACAGAAACAGGCAUUACAUAGAGGGGUAAUAUGGUACUAUGCCCUCUAAGUGUGUUUUGGUCCUCGUGUUAUCAAAGCAAUGAUAAGCAUGAACUUCUGUUUCUUAAUUGAAACGUAAUGCAGUUUGUUUUAGACAGAUUGCAUUUAGCCUCUGUGAUGUGUGAACUGUCUGACAACUAUGUGAUUCUUUGUAAAAAAAAUCUUCACUGUCCUAACGAGGAAAAAAAUUCAACAUGCCAUACAAUGUUUAUAUGUUAUAUUCCAAUGUGUUAUUAGAAAACAUGUUAAACACAAAACCUGCUUGUUUUCUUUUCAGAAUAUGCCGUCAUUAUGUCAGUUGUCUUUCUCUUGUGUCAUAUGUAUAAAUAAAUUGUGCAGAAUGAAGCGCUACUUUCA